GAUUAAAAUUCUCAUUCCCACCCUUAAUUUCCACUUACCAAACACACCCUAAUGGCGGAGCUUCCUGACGAACUAUGGCGGAAAGUUCUGGAAAUGGGAGUGAAAACUUCAAACAAUCACAACAACAAUGGUUUCAGCUUCAAAGAGUUGUGCUGCACCGCAAUCUCCUGUAAACGCCUUCAUCGUUUAUCCAACGAACCCUCACUUUGGUCUUCUUUGCUCUCCUCCGACUUUCCUCUUCGCCUCACCAACAACAACAACAAUUCAUCUUCUUCAAUUCCCCCCAAAUCACUCUACAAAUCUUGGUAUGAGAAAGAUAAGGCGAAAAGGAUUGCCGCUCACAAGCGAGCUGUGCUUAGAAUUGAGAGUCGGAUUACUGAGAAUUCUAGAAGAAUCGAGGAAUUGCGAACUCGUUUGGUUGAAGAAACUGAUAGAAUGAAGACGGUUGCUUUCGAGUUGUCGAAUUUGCGUAGAGUCAGGCAAGCUUCGGUAGCUUUGAAUGUGUGGCAGCCGGAGGUUGUUCGGGGAAGACAGAAGGAAAUCGUUGAGCAAUGUGCUGUUCCGGUUGAUUCGCGUAUCAAUGCACUUGAGAUGGAGUUGAAGCUUUGUAAUCAGCAUCUUAUUGUGCACGAUAAGAAUUAUAGGGAUGAAAAGCGAAGGCUUGAGGUAGCAAAGGAACAGCUAAAUUCAAUGAAGUAUCAUCCCUUGCAAAAUGUUUCUGUAGACGAGAGGAGAGUUGGUGAUCCUAGUGCUAAGGGGAAGAAGUUGAAAACACACAUCUCAGCAGAUGAUGAACAAAAUUGGAAGGUGUAAGGGGUUGAUUCAGGAUGGUACUACCACAAACUUAUUAUAGGUCCGUUUGUUAGGUGGUCGAUUGAUCCAUAAUGAGUAUAUUUAUGCAUUGCGGAGUGCAAUGCAUAUGCAUAGGGUCUUUGGAAGUAACUGGAGCUUAGCUUCGAAUUGGUCCUGAG